AUGGUACCAAUGGGCCUGCAAGAAUGGACACGCCAUAGCGAUUAUCCUGCCGACUGGGAGGGGGCUGACCUUGGCUUACAUGAGCGGGCGCUCCACAAGCCUUCAGUUGCACGGGAUGUGCCUACCGACCGUGCACUGAGACAGGCCAUGGGGCAGCGCAACAUCUGCGGCCUGAGGGCAACGGGUAGCCUCCUGGGAGCUUUCGCUUUUGCUAGCCUCUCUGUGGCGCCAUGCCUUUACAGCACCGAGCGAACCGCCUGGAAGUUAGCUCUCCGAUCUCGCGCGGAUGCGGCCAGCAUGGGGCGGCUGGAGGCCAAAGGAAUCAGUAGCUUCCAGGGGACCAAGUGUGCGACAUUGUCUUCGUCAUCGCCCCUGCACUGCCGCGAUCUCUGUGGAACCCCCCUCCACAUCGAGUCACGAGUCCGUCAUGCCCACCUAGUGCAGAUGGGUCCAGCCUCUAAAUACAUGGUGGAAGGUGUGCUCCGGCCCCCUGGCCAAGACCAGGAGAAGCUGGGGGGCUCGCUGGCUGCCCUGCCCCAGACCCAGGGGAGCCAGUCGGCCCUGGACCGUCCCUUUGGGAGUGGGACCGAGUCCAACUGGAGCUUGUCACAGUCCUUUGAGUGGACCUUCCCAACACGACCCUCAGGAGCUGCGGCUGCAUCUGCAGCUGCGGCUGUGGAUGCUGUGGAGGCUGGCCACUGGGGUGGGUCCAGCAGGGAGGAGGGAUUGUGCCUGCAAGGUCCAGGGGCUCUAGCAGCUCCAGAGGGGCCAGGGGCACCAGCAGCUCCAGAGGGGCCAGGGGCGCCAGCAGCUCCAGAGGGGCCAGGGGUGCCAGCAGCUCCAGAGGAGCCAGGGGCACAAGCAGCUCCAGAGGGGCCAGGGGCACAAGCAGCUCCAGAGGGGCCAGGGGCACAAGCAGCUCCAGAGGGGCCAGGAAGGCCUGGUUCUUGGGUGCAGGUAGAUGAUCUGGGCACCUCUUCAACUCAAAAGGGCAAUGAGGAGAGCCAUCCCCAGUCCCCAAGUUGUCCCCUUGAGCCCCUGUCAAUAGCAGGGGACCCACCUGGACCAGCGUUGCUGCAGGCAGAGGAGAGGUACGAGGAACCCGAGCUCCUGGCUGGACAGGAAUCCCCACUCCCUCUGGCCACCAGGGAGGCUGCCCUACCCAUCCUGGAGCCAAUCCUGGGGCAGCAGCAUCCGGCACCCCCUGACCAGCCCUGUGUCCUCUUUGUCGACACCCCUGACCCUGGGCAGGCGCUGCCUGCCAAGGAGGGGGCCAUGACCCUGGCCCGGGCUGAGACCACCCAACCCAGGACAGAGGUUCAAGACCCCUGUAGGGCGUCCCCUGAGCCUGCAGGCCCUGAGAGCAGCUCCCGCUGGCUGGAUGACCUCCUGGCUUCACCACCACCCAGUGCAGGAGGUGCAAGGCGGGGAGCCGGAUCCGAGCGGAAGGAUGCACAGACCCCAGGUGCCUGCUCUGAGGGACUCCUUGGAUGGGCCCAGAAGGAUCUGCAGAGUGAAUUUGGGAUUGCAGCAGACCCACAUCCCAGCCAGUUUAGUCCUUCCGGCUGGUCCCAAGACACUUCUCAGGACUAUAGCCUUGGGAGUACAAGCCCUAGAGGGGACCUGGGCCUCAGAGAGAGGGACUGGACCAGCCAGUGUGGGCAGGGAGUGGGGGAGGGGAGCUCUAGGGAGUGGGCCAGCAGAUGUGGCAUCGGCCAGGAGGAGAUGCAGGUCAGCCACCCAGAUGGGAGUGGAGCAUGCCCAGGAGGGCUCAUGGGCCAGGACUGGGAGAUUGGAAAGCCAGCCCAGCCAGGCACUCCGCAGGGCCAGGAGGUGGACGUCCAGGCCUGGGAGUUCAGAAAGAGGGAUUCCCAGGGCUCCUACUGCAGCCGGGAUGUGGCACUCCAGGACCAGGAAUUCAGGAAGAGAGAUUCUCUGGGUACUUGCAGCAGCCGAGACAUGGGCCUUCAGGACUGGGAAUUUGGGAAGAGGGAUUGUCUGGGUGCUUACACCCGGGAUGAAGACGAGCAGAGCCAGAAACCGGGGAAGAAGGACCAGCUUGGCGGGUACAGCAGCCAGGACGCAGACCAGCAGGACCAGGAGUUUGGGAAGAGCGAUUCUUCCCUGAGCGUCUACAGUGGCCACCAUGCAGAGCAGCUGGAUCAGGAUUUCGGAAAGAGCGCUUGGAUGGGGAGCUACGGUGGCAGGGGCAGCCCCGAGGCCCUUGGCUCCCAGGACAGAAGCUGCGGAACGAGAGUCCUGAGUGCUGGCUUCAGCCCCGAGGAAGCCCAACAGCAGGACGAGGAGUUUGAGAAGAAGCUUCUGAGAGGCAGAGACAGCCCGGGUGAGGCCAGCAGAGAUGCAGGCUGGCCUGAAAAGACCGAGACUGGGGGCUUGUUCGGCCCCAGCAGCCCCCAGUCGCAGGAUGGGGCCCUGGGACAGAGAGACCGGAGCAGCUGGCAAGGCGGUGGUGCCAGCCAGGAGGUUGGAGGGCUGCGGGGAAGGCAGCAGGCAGGGGACCUGAGCCCCGGCGAUGCUCACCAGGAAGACAGGGGAGCGGGGCAGCGAGGCUGGGCCAGCGACUUCAGCCUCGGUGUUGUCCCCCAGCCAGAGGUGGCCUUCAGCCCGAGGCCGCCAGACUGGAGCAGCGACUUCUCUAUGGAGGCUGCCGAGAGGAGCCUUCAGUUUGGCAUCAUUGGCAACGACAGAGCGAGCGGUGCUGGCCUGAGCCCUUCCUGCGAGAUGGGAGGCGGCCCCUUUGUUCCUCCUACGGAGACCUUGGCUGGGACCAUGGACUGGAGUGACCAGCUGGGCCUUAGGAACUUGGACGUGUCCAGCUGUGUGGGUUCUGGGGGCUCGAGUGAAGGCAGGCAGGAUGCCGUGGGACAGAUGGGCUGGGCAGACAACCUGGGCUUGAAAGAUGUGGAGCCGGCUGGCCGUCUGGAGACAGGAGGGUCUGAGGAGCCCAGGGGAACUGGACUUGGGGAGAAGGACUGGACUUUAGAGGUCGGGGUGAGGGGCAGAGAUCUGGCUGCUGCAGGGGAGGUAGGAGGCCACGGCCACGCUAGAGAGAGUGGCGUGGGGCAGACCGACUGGUCAGGUGUGGAGGCGGGAGAGUUCCUGAAAUCCAGGGACCGUGGGGUGGGUCAGGCCGACUGGACACCUGACUUGGGGCUGAGAGACAGGGAACUCGGGGCGGGCCAGGGGCACUGGGGCGACAGUCUGGGCCUGAGGAAUUUGGAGGUGCCCCGUGACUUCGAGUCUGAGGGUUCUCAGGGGCCGCGUGGAUGUGGAGUGGGGCAGAUGGACUGGACUCAGGACGCGGAGCUCCAGGAUGCCGAGAGCCCGGGUGCACCUAGCGAAGCCAGAGAGCAUGGGGUGGGGGAGGUCAGCCAGUCCCCGGAACCAGGCCUGAGGAACACUGGCGUCUCGUCCCCUGGCCUGGAUGCCAGAGAGCCCUCAGGGGCCAGGGAGCUGGGAGUUGGUGAGACAAGUGGGCCAGAGACCCAGCGCCAAGACCACACCUUGCCUGCCGUGGAGACCUGCCCUGAAGACCACGAAAUGGAUGUAGGGGAAUCCCCCGGCUUUCGAGCCAGCCUUGGUGGAUGCCCAGCCCGCUCCUCGCCCUCCGGCUCCCAGGCCCUCCUGGAGGCAAUGCUGGCUGCCAGCAGCUCCAAGGCAGCGGCCCGUCGGGAGUCGGCAGGCUCGGGCCCCAGGGACCUGUUGGAGGAGGAAGGGGCCACAGCAGGUGCUGACCAGGGAGAGUCUUUGGAGCCUGGCAGGGACCCUCUGCCCUGGAGGCCUCAGCCUGAUGGUGAAGCCAGCCGGACAGAAGAGGUGGAUGGCACCUGGGCCCCUGCCGGAGGGCAGAGCGAGCAGGGCUCGAGGCGGCUCCCCCAGGGCCCGCCCGCCAGCUCCCCCAGUCAGGAUUUCUCCUUCAUCGAGGACACUGAGAUCCUCGACAGUGCCAUGUAUCGGAGCCGUGCCAACCUGGGGCGCAAGCGUGGGCACCGGGCCCCGGCCAUCCGGCCCGGGGGGACCCUGGGUCUGUCGGAGGCGGCAGAAUCGGACUCGAGGCUCUUCCAGGACUCCACAGAGCCGCGGGCUUCGAGGGUGCCAUCUUCAGAUGAGGAGGUGGUGGAGGAGCCACAGAACCGCCGGACGCGGAUGACCAAGGGGCUGAAGGUCAACCUCUUCCCUGGCCUGAGCCCGUCAGCCCUGAAGGCCAAGCUGCGCUCCCGGAACCGCUCAGCUGAUGAGGGGGCGACAGAGAGCAAGUCGAGCCAGAAGGAGUCCGUGAUCCAUCGCUCCAAGUCCUGCAAGGUCCCGGGGCUGGGCAAGCCCCUCGUGUUACCUCCCAAGCCAGAGAAAUCCUCAGGGUCAGAAGGAUCAUCGCCUAACUGGCUGCAAGCCCUGAAGUUGAAGAAGAAGAAGGUCUGAGAAGUCACUGAGGUCCUUCCCAUCUGGCAGUCUCAGGCAGUGCCCAUCCCUGUGGGGUCCCCAGCGAGGAGACGGCUGAGCCCCACCAUGCCCCAGGCUGCAGCCUCUGCCCCCUCCACCUCUGAGGGGCGUCUGGGGAGGCACAGUUAUGCACUUUGUAUCAUCUUCCCAACUUCCCCCACACCUCCCCUCCCAGCCCGUCCCUAGUGGUCGAAGGUCUUGGUCCCUCCCGCCCUCCCUCGCCCUCUUCCCGCCUCCCUCUUUGCUUCCUCCCCAGCCUCCUUGGGUUUUCUUUUGAUACCAGUUUAUAGCAUUUUUUAUAAGAGCCUUUGAUUUUUGUAACGGGCCGAGCCCAGCCGCACCCCAGGUCUCCCUCCACCCUGCCAGGUGCCCCACAGAGACCGAAAACAUUUUGCCACUUGAAACAAUAAAGUUUUUUGGGAAUUGGUGC